AUGGCAGCUGAUCGCCCCCGGAUCUGCCUUGUCGGCGCGAAUGGCAACCUAGGGUCCGUCCUUCUGCCCGCUCUCCUGGACGCCGGUUUCCCAGUCACGGUGCUGCAUCGCUCCAACUCUACCAACCCGGCCCCCCUGGAGCACGAGAACCUGUCUUUGCUGCCCGUCGACAAGGAUUUCCCGAUUCCAGAGGUAACCGAAGCGUUGAAACCCUUCAAGGUUGUCGUCGCUGCAUUCCCACUGCCGAACCAGCUGCAGCUCCAUCUGCGACUGGCCUACGCUGCCGCGAGCGCUGGCGUGGAGCGAUUCAUGCCUGCGGACUUUGGGUCGUGCGACGCAGCCAGCCCUGAGGCGCUGAAGAGACUGCAGCUCUACAGGGACAAGGUCAAGGUCCGUGAGCGAUGUGAAGAGCUCGCGCGGGAAUUCAAGACCUUCUCGUGGACAGCCCUUGUCUGUGGCCACUUCUUCGACUGGGGCCUCCGAGCUGGCUUCUUGCACUUUGACAUCAAGAAGCAGGAGUCGCUUAUUCUCGACGGAGGAGACAUUCCAGCCUCGGCCUCGACGCUGAGACGCGUGGGCGAGGCCACAGUGGCGGUCCUCAAUAAGCUGGAAGAGACGAAGAACAAGACGCUCUACGUCCAAUCCUUCAACCCGUCGCAAAACCAGGUUCUAGUCUCGCUGGAGAAAGCCACAGGCGCCAAGUGGAAGGUGAGCCGGGCAGAUAGUCAAACAUUCUUGGAAGAACAGCAAAAGAAGGUGGAUGCCGGUGAUCGACAUGCUGUGGAAGAUGUCGUGUUUGCAUUGGGGGCGAUCGAUGCGGACUGGACCAAGAAAGACGCUUUUGCCAUGGAGUUGCUCGACUUGGAGGACGAGGACUUGGAUCAAGUUGUGAAGCAGGUUGUCGACGGCGCUGCCGGGUGA